UGUAUGCACAAUAACAAGAGUACUUAUUGAAACUCCCCUAUUCAUAUUCAGGGUCAGAUAGAUAACGUCGAGCAUUUUUGUGAUAUCAUCCUUGCUAAUAUUUCAUAAUGGAAAAAACUGUAUUGUUUUUUCUUUGCGUCGUGAGAUAUGUUUAUUCUCAAGACUUACCUGUAGAUAUAUCAACAUCUCUGUUAUCGCUGGUAGCAGAAGAGAGCAAUCUUAGAGCACGGCUGCAGGAUGAAGCAGACCUACUGGAGAAAGAACUUGCUACCUUGACUACCAUUCGACAGAACGCGACUUGCGGUUGCCCGGCAACAGCUGCACCCAUUGCGUUUUCUGUCACCCUGAAAAAUAACAUUGCAACAUUGGGGAAAGAGCAAGCCAUUGUCUAUGAUGAGAUCAACCUAAAUAUCGGCAACUCCUUUGAUGCACGGCAUGGGAUAUUCACAGCUCCAGUUGACGGCCCUUACGAAUUCACGUUUGCUACUCUGGUUCCCGGCGGAAAACAUACGGGCAUGGAAAUAGUGAAGAACGGAGAGUCAGUGGCAAAGACGGAGUCAGGAGAUAGUAGUUACUACACCAUGGGAACCAACGUUGUUGCUCUUGACCUUAAAGCAGGUGACGAGGUUUGGGUACGUCAUAUAGAUCAGAGUGAUAGUAAUAUUAUCAACGGACAAUCGCAUACCUCCUUCAGUGGAUACCUUAUAGAGGGAUAGAAUUGGACAUGAUUGAGGAUACAUUUUGUGUAUACACUGUAGUAAUGAAUAAAACUUUCGACAACUUAAAACCAAAUAUGGUACUUAAAAGUAAA